CAAAUCAUGAGCACUUACUCAUUUUCCUAAAAAUAGAAAAUUUACUAUAAAUUUAUAAAGAAUCUGCGUUCAUUGACAUAUUAGAGUUAAUCGUUCGACAAGGACACAGAGUAACUGUUCCUCGACUAUUUUUGAAUACGAGGGUCUACCUGUUUGCCAUGUCUGGUGAACAGAAGACCGUAAUACAGGGAGGCGCAGCAAAAUAUGUCAAAUUGAAUGUGGGCGGGUCCCUUCAUUACACCACAAUAGGGACCCUGACAAAACAAGAUACAAUGCUAAGGGCAAUGUUUAGUGGCAGGAUGGAGGUACUCACAGACUCUGAAGGUUGGAUUCUCAUAGACAGGUGUGGCAAACAUUUUGGGACAAUAUUAAACUAUUUACGAGACGGUUCAGUCUCUUUACCAGAAGCUAGGCGGGAAUUAGGUGAACUGUUAUCAGAAUGCAAGUAUUAUCUAGUCUCAGAUCUUGUACAAAUAGUUGACUCAGCACUGAAGAAAAAGAUUGAGGAUCAAGAUCCAAUAUGUAAGGUGCCCCUUAUUACAUCUGCCAAAGAAGAACAGGCCUUGCUGCACAAGACAAAUAAACCUGUUGUAAAACUACUGUGCAAUCGCCAUAACAACAAGUACUCAUACACAAAUAACUCAGAUGACAACAUAUUAAGGAACAUUGAGUUAUUUGACAAGCUUUCACUCCGGUUUUACGGUCGUGUAUUAUUUAUCAAAGAUGUUAUUGGAAGCCAAGAGAUCUGUUGCUGGUCAUAUUACGCUCAUGGUCAAAAGAUGGCGGAGGUCUGCUGUACUUCUAUAGUGUAUGGCACUGACAAGAAACACACAAAGGUUGAGUUUCCAGAGGCAAGAAUCUAUGAAGAGACAUUGAACAUUCUCCUCUAUGAGGACAGAAAUAAAGGCCCUGAUGCAGAACUGAUGCAGGCCACCAGGGGGUACCCACCUAAAGGUGGCACUGCUAGCGACGAAGAAGAGGAAAUGGAAAGACAUGAAAGAGAUAAAUUAAGGCGGAAAUAAUGAAUGAAGAUUUAUUGAAAGAAAUCAACAUUUGGAAAUAACUGCAGUCUGUAGUUUUGAAAUCAUAAAUGGCCAGAAUUUGUCGUUUGAUUAAAAGCUUUAGAAGCAUCACAUUAACAAAAAAUCUGGUGAACACCCUGUUUUGACAGAAAUUAUCACCAGGAAAUGAAAUUAAUUUUGCAUUUCUGAUAUUUUGAAACAAUAUUUUUGUCUCUUUGGAGUGUGUAAUGUUUUUGACAUCUAACAA